GCCGCCAGUUUAGGUUAGGUAACCGGUAUUUGUUGAGCUGUAGAGUAGCUUUCGAUUUUUUUCUCAUUUCUUUUGUUAUAAAAAUAUCAGUGAUAGUUUCAGUUGAAAAAAAGAAAAUGGAUAAAACAAAUGUCAAUUUUCGUGUAAAAGUUGAUCUCUCGAAAUUUUUUCAAGAUCAUCGAAAAAUCAGUUGGGUUUUUGUCGACAGGACAAAGACUUCAUGCAUUAAACAUCUAAAAGAUCAUAUUGCAAAAAUUUUCGGCAUUCAAAACUUUCAUAUUCUUAGCGAUUCAGCAAAUUUGCCAUGUGAUGAAAAUGUUAGCAUUAUUCAAUACGAUAAUCUCAUAACCCUUGUUCCCGGAAGCUCUGUAAAUAAUAAUAAUAAUAAUAAUAACAAUUCAGUCAGCACCUUCGAUGAAAAAGAAGUACAAACAGAUAAAGACGAUUCAAAUGAAGAUGAAAACACGACUGUUCUCUCUGGAUAUACAUUGCCAGAGACAACGAACGUUACAAUGUAUCAUAGUUUAUUAGACGAAUCAGAAGCCGGUAGUAGUACGGCGGAAUCAAAAGAAAUGGACAGUAUAAUGACCGAAGAUUUAAGUUAUGAUACAAACACGCCAGCAAAAAGAAAACGAUCACGUCGAAAGCGAAUCAAGAGGCUUGACACAUCUUCAAAUUCAAAAAUUGACAAUUCUCCUCAGGAGGAAAAACGAAAACCAAAGAUUAUUGACCAAGUUGUGUUGAGUACGGGGAAACAUAUUCGUUUCAGUAAUCAUGAUGAAGAAAUUAUAUCCCCAAAUAGUUGUAAAUCUCCCAACAUUUCAGAAUUUCAAAGUAAAUUCAUUGAAUCUCCAAUUAGUAAAAGUUCCUCAUCAAACAGUUUAGAUGCUCUAUUGAGUCUAAAACAAUGCUCAACUCCAUUGACAUUUUCUUGCACAAAAAAUAAUAAUAAACAAAUAAAAUCCUCAAAAAUAAUAACUCCAAUACAUGAGGAUAUAGAAAAUCUCACAGAAUCUGAUAGAAAUAUGAUUUCACAAAAGGAGAAAAGUUUUGAUAUUAAUAGUUAUGAUAGUAAGGAGGUAGAAAAAAUUCCAAUUUUGACGACAAAUCCACAAGAGAAGGACACUGUUGCUUUCAAAAUGUUUAAAAUGGGAGACAAUUAUACGCCUGAAAUUUCAAAUUUCAUGUAUGGCGAAAUCAUCCAUGUGCAUCCAAUAACAAAUCUGUUUACUAUUAAAAUUUUACAUGGUCAACAAGAAAUAGAAGAGCCAAAAGGAAAAUUCACUCUUCCUACGGAUGAUGAAGAAACUCAUACAGAUAUUAUCAAAGUUACUCACCCUCAACUUCAUGAACUAAAAUUACUCUUUAGAAAAGAGAAACUUAACGAAUAGUAAGACUUUUCGCAUUUAUCGAUAAUUUAUAUGGUUAUUUUUUUUUUUUAGUUAAUUUUAAAUGUUUAAAACAAAAAUCAAUAAUGACUAUGAAAUGGUUAUAUUUUGUUUUCAAUUCAAAUGAAUAGAACGGAGAAAAUUAAAACAAAAGUUAGUCAACAACUUUACAUUUUUGUAGUUUUUUUUU